ACAAUAUACGAAUUUAAAAUGUUUAAAAUUAUAUUUAUAUGGUUAUUGGACAUUAGAAAAAUUAGAUUCAUUUCUUGCUUACAUUCCAUCUAUUAAAAUUUUAGAUCUUUAUUCAUCUUAUUUUGAUUCAAAUAUGAUAUAUUUUCAGUGGAAUUUUAAAGAAUUAGCAUAUAUAUUUUUAUGUCGUUUACCGAAUCUUUCUUAUUUUGAUUGUGAAUUGAUCUAUGAAAAUCAAAAAAUAAUUAAUUUAAAAGAAAUUUAUUCUUUACAUUCCUGUUUUAAUCGUAUUAAAUACGAAAUAUAUACAGAAAAUGAUUUAUUUAUAAGGGUUUUUACAAAUUAA